UUUACACCUGCCCACCCGCGGGUGACCCGCGGGGCCUGAAGUUGACCCCCACCGCGGACCGAAUCGCCGCGGCGGGGAGGGGCUCUUAGGGCAGGGUCCGGACACUCCAGCCCUCCUCUCGUCCCCAGCUGGGAGUCCCUGGCGCGUGCCAGCUGCGGACUCCGCGGAUGCCCCACAGCUGCCGGUCGUCUCCACCCCCAGCUGUGAGGCCGAGACUCCCCCAGUCUCGGAAGGCGCCCCACACCUGCUGCGGCCAUGCCCAUCUCCCCGCAGCUGCGGGUCUGAGCACCCCCGUGACGAGAGGCCCGCCACCAGGGCAGGUGUAGAGCGUUCCCCCGCCUCCCGAACACCCGCCACCACCAGGGUUUCCUCUGCUGUUGCCCUGAUCAAACCUAAAACCAAAAGACCGUGAUCCAGCCAUACCUCAAUGGACCCUGGGGGCAUCUUGAAGGCAUUUCCCAAGCGGAGGAAAAUUCAUGCCAAUCCAUCAUCAAAAGCACUUGCAAAGAUUCCCAAGCAAGAAGGUGGAGAAGAAGCAGGAGAGUGGCUGAGCUCCCUGCGGGCCCAUAUUGUCCCCAGUGGCAUUGGGCGAGCCCGGGCAGAACUCUUUGAGAAGCAGAUUAUCCAGCAUGGUGGCCAGAUAUGCGCUGCCCAGGCCCCAGGGGUCACUCACAUUGUGGUGGAUGAAGGCAUGGACUGUGAGCGAGCCCUCCGCCUCCUUCGACUGCCCCAGCUACCUCAGGGUGCUCAGCUGGUGAAGUCUGCCUGGCUGAGCCUGUGCCUGCAGGAGAAAAGGCUAGUGGACACGGCAGGAUUUGGCAUCUGGAUCCCUAACAGGUACCUGGACCAAGCACAGCUCAGCAAGGCAGACCAAGACUUUUCUGCGCCUCCUGGAGCCCAUGAGGCUGUGCUCAUGACAGCCCUCUCUCCUCCCCGUCCUCCCACCAGGCCUGUAUCUCCUCCCUGGAGGAUAGAGGAGGCCCCGAGCACCCAAGCCCAGCCUGGCUAUGAUGAUGAAACCAGCGACGGGGAAGAGACCCAGGUUAGCGCAGCUGAUCUAGAAGCCCUUAUCAGUGGCCACUACUCCACCCCCCUUGAGGAAGAUGGUGAGCCUAGUCCAGCCCCUAAGGGCCUGGAUAAGUGGGUCUGUGCACAGCCUUCGAGCCAGAAGGCGAUCAACCACAACCCCCACAUCACAGAGAAGCUGGAAGUGCUGGCCAAAGCCUACAGUGUUCAAGGAGACAAGUGGAGGGCCCUGGGCUAUGCCAAGGCCAUCAAUGCCCUCAAGAGCUUCCACAAGCCUGUCACCUCCUACCAGGAGGCCUUUAGUAUCCCUGGGAUUGGAAAGCGGAUGGCCGAGAAAAUCAUAGAAAUCCUGGAAAGCGGGCAUCUGCGGAAGCUGGACCAUAUCAGUGAGAGCGUGCCUGUCUUGGAGCUCUUCUCCAACAUCUGGGGAGCUGGAACCAAAACUGCCCAGAUGUGGUACCAACAGGGUUUCCGGACCCUAGAAGAUAUCCGUGGCCAGGCCUCCCUGACUACCCAGCAGGCCAUUGGCCUGAAGCAUUAUGAUGACUUCCUGGAGCGCAUACCCCGGGAGGAGGCUACAGAGAUUGAGCAGACAGUCCGGGAAGCAGCUCAGGCUUUCAACCCCGGGCUGCUGUGUGUGGCAUGUGGUUCUUACCGACGGGGGAAGGCAACCUGUGGUGAUGUGGACGUGCUGCUCACUCACCCAGACGGCCGGUCUCACCAGGGCAUCUUCAGUCUUCUCCUCGACAGCCUUCGGCGCCAAGGGUUCCUGACCGAUGACCUGGUGAGCCAGGAGGAGAACGGCCAACAGCAGAAGUACUUGGGCGUGUGCCAGCUCCCCGGGCCAGGGCGGCGGCACCGACGACUGGACAUCAUCGUUGUGCCCUACAGCGAGUUCGCCUGUGCCCUGCUGUACUUCACUGGCUCAGCCCACUUCAACCGCUCCAUGCGGGCUCUGGCCAAGACCAAAGGCAUGAGCUUGUCGGAGCACGCCCUCAGCACCUCUGUGGUCCGGGACACCCAAGGCCUCAAGGUGGGACCUGGCCGAGUGCUGCCGACCCCCACGGAGAAGGAUGUCUUCAGGCUUUUAGGCCUACCGUACCGAGAACCGGCUGAGCGGGACUGGUGACCUAUGGCUGGGGGGAAGGGGGCGCCAAGCUGGACCAGCUGCCCCACCUGGCCAUCCAGUACCGGGCUCCAGCCUUAGCGGGCUGGACCUCACCACGUCAGCCACCUGGGCCUGAGGGAGAGGGCCAGCCUGGCUCCCAGGAGCGGCCCGGCCCUCUCCUCAACAGGAGCAGACUGCUGGCCUACCUCACCACUGCCCCUGGUAGAGUUUUGUACACGGCCCCUUGCCCCGUUUUAAGCAAGAACAGGUGCCAGUGUGAAGCCGGCUUCCUGUGCUGAAGGCCCAGACACCCCCUCUUCCGUACCCAUGGAGGGUCUGGCUGCUGGGGGUGGGAUGCGAGCUGCAGGGGAAGGGGCAAACAGCUGUGACUGAGCAUCCCCUAAGACCCUUUGGAGCAAGAGAAUGCGCUACUCCACGCGUACUCCCUUUACCUGGCCCACUUCCUCUGCAGCUGGAGGUGUGGGGAGGGGGCACCUGAGGCUCAGUAAGGACAGCACUUGAAGGCCCAGAGGCCCAAUAAAGUGCACUUGAUGUUCGA